UUCGAAGCCCCAACAGACAAAAACCAGAGAGGAUAAGAAACAAAGAAAAAUAAAAUAAAAACGCAGCUUCUUCUUUUCUUAUUCUUCUUAGCCACAGAGAAAAAUUCUCAGAGUAAGCUUCCUUUUUCAUCUUUUUGCUUACUAAUAAUCUUCAUAUAGUAGAAAAACACAACAACUAUUUUACUCUUUUGCAGUAGAAAAAAGAAAAAAAAUUGCCCAUGUAGAGUAGAAUGACUGGUAUUUAGUGAAUACUGCUACUAAUUUUUUGUUGUUGUUGUAAACUUGUUCUUAUGGAGUUAAUAGUACCAACUAAGCAAACCCAUGAAGGGUUUUGCUCAUUUCAUUCUACUCGUAAGGAAAUCAGUGUUAAUUGUUGUAAUAAUAGGAGGUUCAAGAACCGUUCUUUACUUGUGGGUCAGUUGAGAAAACACAGACAAAGUAAAGUUUUUGCUAUUUCAAGAAUUGAAACUUUAUCGAGUGUUGAGAAAAGGGGAUUUGAGAGUAGUAAUAGGAGGUACAAGAACAAUUUGUUUGUGGGUCAGUUGAGAAAACACAGACAAAAAAAGGUUUUUGCUGUUUCAAGAAUCGAAACUUUAGGAGGGACGACAAAUGAUAGGUUAUCGAGUGUUGAGAAAAGGACAAAUGGGAGCAUAAAUGAAAAUUUUGAAGAAUUUGAGAGUAAUAAUUAUCUUCGUAGGUUGGUUAGAAAUGGGGAAUUAGAAGAAAGUUUUAAGCAUCUUGAGAGUAUGGUGUAUCGUGGGGAUAUACCUGAUAUCAUACCAUGUACGAGUUUGAUUCGUGGGUUUUGUAGAAUUGGGCAAACGAAGAAGGCUACGAGAGUUUUGGAGAUUCUUGAGGAUUCUGGGGCUGUUCCUGAUGUUAUUACUUACAAUGUGUUGAUUAGUGGUUAUUGUAAGUCGGGUGAAAUUGAUAAUGCGUUGAAGGUAUUGGAUCGAAUGAGUGUUGCACCUGAUGUUGUCACGUACAAUACCAUUUUGCGUAGCUUAUGUGAUAGUGGGAAACUUAAACAAGCGAUGCAUGUUCUUGACCGUAUGUUGCAGAGAGAGUGUUACCCUGAUGUGAUUACCUAUACAAUUUUGAUCGAAGCAACGUGUAAGGAAAGUGGCGUGGGGCAGGCAAUGAAGCUUUUGGAUGAAAUGAGGAGUAAAGGAUGUGUACCUGAUGUGGUAACUUAUAAUGUUCUUAUAAAUGGGAUUUGUAAAGAAGGGAGACUGAAUGAAGCAAUCAAGUUUCUGAAUAAUAUGCCAUCUUAUGGUUGCCAACCUAAUGUGAUUACCCACAAUAUAAUUUUGCGUAGUAUGUGUAGUACAGGUAGAUGGAUGGAUGCCGAGAAACUGUUGGCUGAUAUGGUUAGAAAAGGCUGUUCUCCUAGUGUUGUAACAUUCAACAUCUUGAUCAAUUUUUUAUGUCGGAAGGGACUGUUAGGACGGGCUAUUGAUUUAUUGGAAAAGAUGCCAAAGUAUGGAUGUACUCCAAACUCCUUGAGUUAUAAUCCAUUGCUUCAUGCAUUCUGCAAAGAGAAAAAAAUGGAUAGAGCGAUUGAGUAUUUGGAAGUUAUGGUGAGCAGGGGUUGUUACCCUGAUAUUGUGACUUAUAAUACAUUGCUCACAGCUUUGUGCAAAGACGGUAAGGUUGAUAUUGCAGUUGAAAUCCUCAAUCAACUUAGCGACAAAGGUUGUUCUCCGGUUCUAAUCACAUACAAUACAGUGAUUGAUGGUCUAUCCAAAGUUGGGAAAACUGAACUUGCCAUUGAACUACUGAAUGAAAUGCGAGAGAAAGGUCUCCAACCUGAUAUAAUUACCUAUUCCUCGUUUGUGGCAGGUCUUAGUCGGGAAGGAAAAGUUGAUGAAGCCAUAAAGUUCUUUCAUGACAUAGAAGGAUUGGAUGUCAGGCCCAAUGCUAUAACCUACAAUGCCAUUAUGUUGGGGCUGUGUAAAGCUCGCCAAACAGAUCGUGCAAUUGACUUCUUGGCUUAUAUGAUUUCAAAGGGAUGUAAACCUACUGAAUCUACAUACACUAUUCUAAUUGAAGGUAUUGCUUAUGAAGGCUUAGCAGAGGAGGCUUUGGAGUUAUUGAAUGAGUUGUGCUCUAGAGGAGUUGUGAAGAAGAGUUCUGCUGAACAGGUGGUGGUUAAGAUGUAGUUUCUAAGCAUACUUUCAAACUGCCAACAUCAACCUCUUUAAGUCUCAGUUUUUUUGGAUGUCUACUGUUUAUUGCUCGCAAAAGCAUUUGUGUUUGCAUCAAUAUGUAACAAUUUCCUCUGUUGGCUAGAAAUAUGAAGUGAAAGUUAAUGUUUGAUAAUGAUCAUAAUCCUUUGUUUUUCAGCUA